GCAACCACAAUUUCUGUUUUCAAAAUGAUUGUGAAAAAUGUAACCAAAAUGAGUGGAUUUCUCCUCAUGGGGUUCUCUGACAACCAUGAGCUGCAGAUCUUGCAGGCUUUGCUCUUCUUGGUGACAUACCUAUUGGGCUCAGCAGGGAACUUCAUCAUUAUCACCAUCACAACACUGGACCCACAGCUCCAGUCUCCAAUGUAUUACUUUCUGAAGCACCUUUCCAUUCUGGACUUCUCAUCCCUCUCUGUCACAGUUCCCCAGUAUAUUGAGAGUUCCCUGGCAGGAAGUGGAUACAUUUCAUAUGGCCAGUGUAUGCUGCAGAUUUUUUUCUUUUCAGCUUUUACCUGGGGUGAGCUGGCCAUUCUCACAGUGAUGUCAUAUGAUCGUUAUGUAGCUGUCUGCCUUCCACUCCACUAUGAGGUCAUCAUGUGUUCUAGAAUGUGUAGGUGGGCUGUGACAGUUGUCUGGCUAAGCAGUGGCAUUCCAGGAACUCUGUAUAUAGCAACCAUAUUCUCUAUCAGAUUCUGUGGGGCCAAAAUAAUUCACCAAUUCUUCUGUGAUGUUCCCCAGUUGCUCAAGCUCACCUGCUCUAAUGAUUACCUUGUAACAAUGGGAGUGGCUGAUUUUCUGGCUGCAAUGGGCUUUGCCUGCUUUAUUGGGAUUGUCAUCUCCUAUGUCCACAUAUUCUCCACAGUUCUCAGGAUGCCCUCUGCUGAAAGCAGGUCUAAGGUCUUCUCUACUUGCCUGCCCCACCUUUUUGUUGUCUCAUUGUUUCUUUCUACAGGCACCUUUGCAUAUCUAAACACAACCUCAGACUCUCCAACUGCUUUAGAGUUCUUAUUUUCUGUCUUUUACACAGUACUACCUCCAACUCUCAACCCUGUUAUUUACAGUUUGAGAAAUGAGACCAUAAAGAGUGUUGUAAUGAAGUUACUGUUGAGUACAAAAUUCACUGGUUAGAAUCAUUUUCCCUGUUGUUACUGA